CCAAUUCACUGGCCCUCAACCGGAUUCUCGUGGACAAUCACGGGAUUGGGUUCGGUGGUAUUUCCUCAACUGACCAUACUUUUAUUUUCCCUCUACGGAGUUCAGGGUACAAUUUCAAUUUAUUCUGCCAUAAUGCUUCAUGCCUUUAUGUGUUCCCUUACUCUGCAGCCAGUUUUGUGGCAUUCUCCAAAGACGAAGGACGUUCCGAUGGUAGCUCCUCAAGAAACACAGGGAGAGAAUGAGAACUUUAAAUGUUUAUAUUGUCGAAAUCAAGAAGAAGAUAAAACCUUAGAAAUUUCAGAUGAAAAUGAGGGGAGACCUUCAAAUAACUAUAAAAAUCCAGACAAUGGAAAGGAGGGUCAUGAAUUGCUGAAAAGAAGGGAGGAAGCUUUUAACAAUGCAAAAGGCAAAAGUGAUAUUUAUUCUAAAUCUGGGAACGAUAUUCAUCCCCACUGCACCUGCACGGAGGAAAAACUUCUCCUAGAAAAGAGCCCAGGAAAUCUCCCCAAGUCUAACUCAGAAAUAGAGGAAGUGGAGGAAAUUCCAAUCCAACAAAAACGCUCCUCCUUUAUGCAGAAAAUUAUAGCAUUCUUCGAUUUGGAUCUCCUAAAAGAUUUCACUUUUGUCAACCUAGCCUUGGGAAUGGCCAUAAUGAUGUUUGGCGAAAUUAAUUUCUCAGUUCUCACACCAUUCAUUCUGAAUAGUUUCGGUUAUACGGACAAGCAGAUAUCCAUGGCAAUGUCUUGUCUGGCUGGCAUGGACAUUGGUGUUCGCUUUCUAUCACCAUUUGUCUUGGAGAAAGUUAAACUGUCGAACAGUGUUCUAUUUGCCAUUGGCAUAAUUAUCGUUUCGAUUGGACGUUGGAUUGUGACCAUAACUAGUUCGUACAAUGUGAUUCUGGCAGUGUUUAUUUUGGUGGGCUUCGGAAAGGGUUUCCGCAUUAUAUUUUCACCCCUGAUCAUACCAAGUUAUGUGCCCCUGAAGAGACUGCCAGCAGCAUCGGGAUUGCAAUUGAUUUUCAGUUCGAUAACCUCGUUUACAUUGGGUCCAUUGUUGGGUAUGAUUACUGAUAGCUUUGGCUAUGCUGUCACCAUUCAUUGUAUAAAUGCAUUGAGCUUCCUGAUGUUAAUAUUUUGGUUAAUGGAGUAUCUGAUAAGAAGCAGACUGCCGAAAAAUACCAUUACAUCAAGUAAUUUGUGAUAUUUUUAUCUUUGUGGAAAAAUAAUGAUGAUGUUAA